UUGUCAUACGCUGAACAAUACAACUCUCAUAGCCGUAUUUACAGCUUUUUCAAACUACAAACCAUGAAAACUCUGGUUGCUCUCACUUUCCUUGCCCUGUGCUCUGUGUCUUUCGCUGGGCUGUUAGGUGGCUUCCUUGGAGGUGCUCCUUACGGAGGUUACUAUGGCGGUUACUAUGGAGGAGCUGCGGCUGUUACAGGUAGCUCUGCCAUCACCCACAGCUUCGACAAUCAGCGUGCUCUGACUGGUUAUGGUUAUGGAUACCCAGGCUAUGGUUAUGGCUAUGGCUACGCUGGCUACGGCUACCCAGGCUAUGGUUAUGGCUACGCUGGCUACGGUUAUCCAGGCUAUGGUUAUGGUUACGCUGGUUAUGGCUAUCCAGGCUAUGGAUACGGUGCUGGUUAUUAUGGAGGUCUUGGCUACAAGUUCCACUAAAUUGAUAUCGGAUGAUUCCUCUCUCUGUCCAGCCAGACUUACAAGAUAUUGAGAAAUAGACUCUCUAUACUAUAUGUGUGUACAUAGUUGAUGUUUAUAAUAUAAUAUAAUUGGCUAGUAAAUAAAUCUUAUCUUCUUGC